CAACUUGAUAUGCCUUCCUUUCGAUUUGGUUUACUAUACUCAGCGCAUAAGCAUCAGAGUUUAACUCAAAGUACGGGUCUGCUAGAGACGGAGCUUGUCGUAGAGUAGAGGGAAGGUAUACUUGAUCACCUCUACUAUCUCACCUGUGAUAGAAGUAAUUGGGUUCGUUAUUCUUUCUACAAGGGUAUACAUGUGAAACGCCGUGAUCAGAAAUAAAAUGGGUAAUAGGAACCAAGUAGAAUGUACAUUCUGUAGCUAGGUGAGGAACUAACACAAGGGAUAGUUUACAUUCAGUAGCUAGGUGAGGAAUUAGCACAAGGCAUAACAAAUCUAUCAGGUGUACAAGUUCGGAAAUGUAAAGAUGAGGGCAGUGAUUAAUCACAAGCUUGUUGUUGCUCUGUUGUACAUAUGAACCACUAGAUAGAGGGAAACAAAGAGCUGUCAGCCCAUACUUUCAGACUAAAAUCCAUUAGGAGUAAAUUUCACUGGUCCGGCCAUACUUCAGACUGGAAGUACAUUUAGGGUCUUAGCUAACCAGGAGCACAAGUGAGCACAACGAUGAAUUCACUUAUUCUGAGAAUUUUUUCAUGCUUGGUGAAAAUGAAAGAGGGAAAACACAUGAAGCAUUUAUUUUAAUGGCUUGGUUAGUAAAAUAUCCUCAUGAAAACACAUAUACACAUGAGCGCUAUCCAUAAAAGAAUAAAUGACAAACAUUGUAAGUGUUAGCUUAUCAUCUCAGUGAAGCUAUAUCAAGUGAAGUUAAACCAGGACAUCAAAGCUAGAGUGAAGUGGCGGACCAGUGAAGGAAGAUCAAUGUUUGUCUGGUUAUUGGUGGGAUGAGAAAUAAGAUGUGUGUCAAGAAAACAUAGAACCAGUGAAGAGAAGGGUGAAGCGGGGGACAGAUACAACAAUAAAACAUUGUUGUGUUGUUCCGUAGCAAUGCACAGGCAGUCAGCUAGUUGACUCAAAAAAGAAAAACAAUCCUCCACAGUCCACACCACGGUCGUUCGGCGGCGCUGCUCCACUCCACUCCCCCCAAAAUCCUCCACCCAAACCCCAAUCCGGCGACGCGACGGCGGCGGCCCAAUCCCCGCUCACGAUGAGCCCCCCACCGCCGCAGCGCGGCCGCCACUCGCCGCCGGCGCUGGACGACGACGCCAUGAGCGAGAUCUUCCUGCGCAUCCCGCCGGACGACCCCAAGAGCCUCGUCCGCGCCGCCGCCGUCUGCGCGACCUGGCGCCGCAUCCUCUCCGACGCCGCCUUCGCCCGCGGCUACCGCGCCUUCCACGGGGCGCCGCCCAUGCUGGGCUUCCUCCACAACGAGAGCCACGAGAGGUCGUGGGGCAGGGGGCGGCGCAGGCGCCACGAGGAGUACCUGGUCUCCAACUUCGUCUCCACCGCGUCCUUCCGCCCGCCGGCGUGCCACGAGCGCCGCCACUGGCCCGCCAUCGACUCCCGCCACGGCCUCGUCCUCUUCCACACGCCCAAGAGGUGCGAGGACUUUGUCAUCUGCGACCUCGUCACCUACGACCGGUGGAGGAUCAAGGCCGACCCCGCCUGCCGUCGCAUCAUCUGGAAUGGCCGGUUUGAUGAGGACUGGGGCGACUACGAGGAUGAGGACGACGACGUCACCUGGAACGCCGCGGUGCUCUGUGCCAAGGACGGCUGCGAGCACCUCUACUGCCACGGCGGGCCUUUCCUCGUGGCCCUCGUGGGCUCCGACAGGGGACGGCAGAUAACAUUUGCCACCGUCUACUCAUCGGCGACUCGUAAGUGGAGCGGCAUGAUCUCCGUCAAGGAAUGGAAUGUCGUCGAGAUGACCGGGCACAAUGCAGUUGUGGGAAACAAGGCCUAUUUCCCCUGUGAGCAGAGCGACAGUGUCGUGGAGUAUGACAUGGGUGAGCAAAAACUGUCGGUGAUAGGUGCGCCGUUCGGCAGACUGGUGGGAGCGGAGGGCGGCCUGCUCCUGUUCGCAACUGUGCUGAAGCCUAGGCUCCACCUCCACAUAUGGUCAAUGGAGGUCCGUCCUGAUAGAACUACGGCUUUGGCGCGACGCAGGAUCAUUGAGCUCGCACCAAAGCUCUCUGGUUAUGCCUUCUUGGACGUGUCGGUGGUUGGCUUUGCAGAAGGUGUUGGUGUCAUCUUCCUGAGCACAAAGGCUGGGUUGUACACAGUUGAGCUCAGUUCGAGCCGAAUCAAGAACAUGGACAGAGAGCGAAGCCUCGGAAAAAUCAUGCCAUACAUGUGCUUCUACACUAGAGAAUGGGGGCGGUUGCCGACCUCUGACUGAACUUCUCGCACGGUUGUUGGCGCUGCAGCAAUGUAAUCAAAUGACGUCAAGAUGAUCAGUCCGUUUACUUUUGCUGCCUGGGAAGAAUUUGAAGUGAACUUCGGUGUCUUCUGUUGCUGGUUGUGUUGGACAGUUUGGUUAGAAUGGAUGCACUUUUGGCCUAUGUGUGCUUGUGCCAAAACUUGAGUUUGUUCGUCCGAGCUACGUUGUGUCUGUAGCCCCAGCAGGGAUUGCUUCACCUAAUGAAUGUAAGGAAGCGGUAUUAGUGCAAUUGCAUGAAGAACAUGAUCGGUUAACUUAUGAGUGUAGAUUUAUGUAGGUACCUAAAUUUUCAGAAGACGAAGAUAUCUAUGUGGUGAUAAGCUGGGCUGAGUCGAUCUUUGGAAGGGCAUUCUAUAUUUCUGUGUUGUGCAGUGCUCGAAGACAAGCCCAUGUCGUUUGCGGGGGUGGUUUCAUAAAUUGUAUCAAGACCGAGAUGCUAGAAUGACUAGUUGUUCUGUAAAA